CGCCAAAAGUAAUUUGUUUUUGCGCUCGGUUGGAAAACUCUGUGGAAAAACUAAGAAACACGUGAAAAUUCGCGUAAAAAACCAUUUGAAAUGAGUCCCGCUAAUAAGUCCCAGUCAGACAUCAGCAUCGACGAUGAGGAGGAGAUACUGGCGCUGGAGAAACUGCUGGGCGAGCCGGAAAAUGAUAUUGCCGAGUCUGCAAAAUCGGAAAAACCAAAACCCACACCCACUUUGGCCAACGCAGUGCCAAAACUGCGGGAAGACAGCAGUUUCGCCAAAGCCUUCACCUUCGAGAAGGCCGUGAAACCAGCAAAGCAGGAUAAAACUGCGAUCGCCAAAGAGCCGGAGCUGGACUCUUCCGACGACGAGGAAGUCAAGAAUUUCCUGGAGCGCAAGUACAACGAGUACGGCAGUGACAUUAACCAGAGCCUGAAGCAGCAGCGCCAGAGUGCCCACGAGUCCAAGGUGGUCCGGGAGGUGGACCAGGCGCUGAAGAAGACCACCCAGAUGGUCACAUCCACGCCGCAGCCGCUCAAGAAUCCCCACAAUCCGAUCAAGCGCCAGUCGACGGUGAGCAGCACGUUCCAAAGACCUCCACCGACUGCAGCUGCCGUGGCAUCCACAACCCAGCCUAGUGCUCCCAUCUCCGCCGUUUACACGGAUCCCGUCUUUGGACUGCGCAUGAUAAAUCCCCUGAUCUCGAGCUCACUGCUACAGGAGCGCAUGGCGGGCAGGAAGGCGGUGCCCUUUUCCGGCGUGGCCUUCCACAUCGAACGCGGUGAUCUGGCCAAAGAUUGGGUCAUUGCCGGCGCCCUGGUCUCCAAGAAUCCCGUGAAGAACACCAAAAAGGGUGAUCCCUUCUCCACCUGGAAGCUGUCAGACCUGCGCGGCGAGGUCAAAACUAUAUCGCUUUACCUCUUCAAGGAGGCCCACAAAACCCUGUGGAAGACAGCGGAGGGCUUGUGCCUGGCUGUCUUGAAUCCAAGUAUUUUCGAGCGGAGAGCGGGUAGCAGCGAUGUGGCCUGCCUCUCCAUCGAUAGCUCCCAGAAAGUCAUGAUCCUGGGCCAGUCCAAAGAUCUGGGCACCUGCCGAGCCACCAAGAAGAAUGGUGACAAGUGCACAUCAAUUGUUAACACCACCGAUUGCGAUUAUUGCAUCUUUCAUGUGAAGCAGGAGUAUGGCAAGAUGUCCCGGCGUUCAGAACUCCAAUCUGCCAACGCAGGUCGUGGCCUCAAUGAGCUGAGAAACAAGGUGUUGGGCAAAAACGAGGUCUUCUAUGGCGGACAAGCCUUUAUGGCCGUUCCCGCCAAGAAAAGUGCCAAGUUGAUCUCCAAGGAGCGCGAUCGCCUGAGCAGCCUGGCCGGCUACGAUGUGUCGCCCUUUGCCCACACCGCUGACCAUGCCUCCAAGCCCAAGACAUCCGGACCCCCGUCAAUUCCGUAUGCAGAGCGUGGUGGUCCUGUUUCCCGUUUGGCUGGCGGUGUGGAAGCUUCUAGGAAGCAGAGGUGCCAGGAUUUGGAGCGCUUGCGACUGCUUAAGGCGGAAAAUGAGCGAUUCAAAAAGGAAGAGGCGGCCAAGGGUCAUGUUUUGGGCAGUGAUAGUAAAAAGGAACCGGAGGCAACCACUUCCAGUAUGCCUACUACACCCGUGCCGGAUAAGUUCAAGAAUCGUGGUUUCUCCUUCGAUGCCAGUUUGACACCCAAACUCUCCGGCAGCGAAAACUUCUCAUUUGAAAUCAAUGUAGGAGCUCGUCAGGCACAAAGUGCCAAGCUGAGAGCAGCUGCCCUAUUAAAGAAAAAACCGCUGGAGAAGAUCAAUCCCAAUUCCACAAGGGGCAGUGAAACUGGCAAGAGGCGAGCCAUCGAUGAGCUCAACGAUAAGUUCUCCAGCAGUUCCAAGCGCCAGAAAAUCGAGGAAGAUGAUCGCGAACUGAUGCGAAAGUCUCGAAUCGAAAAGAUUAUGGCAGCCACAUCGUCCCACACGAAUCUCGUGGAGAUGCGAGAGCGCGAGGCGCAGGAGGAUUACUUCAACAAGCUGGAGCGCAAAGAGGCCAUGGAGGAGAAGAUGCUGGGCACCUACAAGAUGCCCUGCAAGGCGGUUAUCUGUCAGGUGUGCAAAUACACCGCCUUCUCCGCCUCCGAUCGCUGCAAGGAGGAGAAGCAUCCCCUGAAAGUGGUGGAUGCCGAGAAGCGGUUCUUCCAGUGCAAGGACUGCGGCAAUCGCACGAUCACAGUGUUCAAAUUGCCCAAGCACAGCUGCAAGAACUGCAAGGGAUCGCGAUGGGAAAGGGCGGCCAUGAUUCGGGAGAAGAAGGUCCUCACUGGCAGGGAAUCCCUCUCAAUUAGAGGCGACGAGGAGACCUUCAUGGGCAGCCUGGCCGGCAGUGCCAAUCUCAAUCUGUUAGUUCCCGACGAAGAGUAAAAACUAGACCACCUCCUUCGUUGUUGUAUUUGUCCUCUGGUUAUUCGCUAUUUGGCUUAAAAAAAGGAUUCGUAUUCGUCGUAGAUAAAUAAGUACAAGGGGUUUCCGAUUACUAAAAAU